AUGACCAAUGCAAAGGGGACUAGGAACUACCACAAGAACUUCCAAGUGAAGAGAAGAAGAAGGCGUGAAGGGAAGACCGACUACAAGCACAGGACAAACAUGAUUCGACAGGACUCCAACUCCUAUGGAUCUGUGAAGCAUAGACUUGUUGUACGGGUAACUAACAGCAAGGUCAUCUGCCAGAUUGUCGGGGCAUAUAUGGAAGGAGAUAGGGUUAUGGUGUAUGCCGAUUCAAGUGAGCUUCCUAAGUAUGGAGUUAACUUUGGGCUGACGAACUACUCUGCAGCAUAUGCUACUGGAUUUCUUAUUGGAAGAAGGGCACUUACAGCCUUAUCUCUCGAUAAGAUAUAUGGUCCAAAGGAGAUUGACGGGUCUCAUAGUAUUACAAAGGAUGUUGAUGGAGAGAAGAAAGCAUUCAGGGUAUUUCUGGACGUUGGACUUGCAAGGUCUACAAAGGGAGCAAAAGUGUUUGGAGCAAUGAAGGGAGCAUCUGAUGCAGGACUGAGCAUUCCCCAUAGGGAGGUGAAGUUCUAUGGAUACAAGGAGGAUGGAAGCUUCAAUGCACAAGAGCUACAUGACAGGAUAUUUGGGUAUAAUAUUUCUGAGUAUAUGCAAGAGCUUAGGGAAAACAACCCAGAGAAGUACAAGAUCCAAUUUUCUGAUUAUAUUAAGAAAGGUAUACAACCGGAAGACAUUCCACAGAUCUAUAAGAAUGCCUUUGAUAAGAUUGCAGAGGAUCCUAUAAAAGAGAAGAAAGAAAUAAAGGACUACUCCGGAUUCAAGAAGUACAAGCAGGCAAGACUUACAUAUGAAGAAAGGAAGGAGCGAGUGCAAGCCAAACUUUCUGCAGCUGAGGGAGAAUAA